AGUGUGUGUGUGUGUGUGUGUGUGUGCAUGUAUGUGCACACGUAUGUUUCUUUGUUUGUUUCUCCCUAUUAGGGAGUUAUGCAAAAUUUGUCCCAGAUUUUAUCUUUGUUUUUCUGUUAUUCUUCAAAGAGUCCUAAGGAGUUAAAUCUCCUAGGUAUUAUCCACUUAGUAUUGCAGCCAAAGAGUAUUUAAAUAAAUGUCUUUGCUGCACUUAUAUCUAUGCCCAGCCAGUAUGCAACUGUAAGCAAAUAUAUAAAAUCUUCUGUUGAUAUGAUUGGUCUCUCAUCGAACAUAUUUAGUGAUAAAGCUGGGUCAUUCCCACUUUUGGUGCUCUCACCUUAUAUGGAAGAUCGGCAAACAUUACAGGUGUUUAGGGUGGGAAGAUAAACUACCCUUUCAAAAAACCCCAUACUUGGCCAUACUUGCUGCAUUUUUCUGUCAGAAUCACAUAUGAUGUGUGUUCUGUAGAGGUUAUUUCUGCAUGGAAACUCAACUUCUUGGAUUAGCAGUCUCAGUGAAAUCUUCACUGCUGGAGUUCAAACCAAAUACCAAGCCUUCUUGCAAAGUAGCCUCUUUCAUCCCAUUCUCAAUUCAGUCUGGCUAGAAACUGAGACUUAAGUCUUUUCUGGACGUAUAUACGUUCUUCCUUUUUGCUCCCUCCAAUCUUAAAGAUUGGAUUUUGCUUUAUCAUUAAAUCCAUGGGAUAGAUGGGGCCUGGACUCCCAUUCUGACAGGGUCACUGAGUUAACUAUAGCCAUAUAGAAUGCAGAUACCAGUUAUUGUUCUCAUUCUUUACCUUCCUCAGGUAACAGUCAUGUGUAUCAGCCUUUUUUUUUUUUUUUUAAUUGGCUCAGGCCAGUAUCUUAAGUGCAAGACUGAAUUAAAUAAGGAGAAGACAUACUAAACAUAGCCAUAGGAGACUGAGGAGCACAGAUGGCCUUAGAGAGGCUAAGAAAGCAUCAUUACUGGGUUUUUCUCCCUUUUGUCUCCAGUCUGGUGCCAGGUAGUGGAGUUGAAAAGGAAACAGUUUAUUUUUUUAUUCUAUGUGCACACAUACCGUAUACAUAUAUAUUUAUAUCACAAUUUAAGAAACCAAAAAGUUGAGUUUCCAAUGGAAUCCUUGUUUUUUAAUAAUUGACUGUUUUUAAAUGUGAUCAGGACUAUGAUAUUGUACAGCUAUUACAGGGCUUUUGGGGAAGGAGAGGGGAGGGAGAAGAUGCUCUGGGGGUUUUGUUUCUGCUUUUCCUUCAGGGUUUUAUUUUUUGAUUGUUUUGUUUUUUUCUUGUUGGCCAUUUCUGUACUGCUGGCAUCUGUGCUGAGCUUUACAGUGGCAAAAAUAAUGACAUGUAGCAAAGAUUUUAAAACAAAAUAUUUUUUCCUUUUGUAAACUUUCUUGUGUCGUGUGAUCUUGAUUGCGGCUUUAUUAUUCCUUUCCAGCUUAUAAACAACAAAUACCCACAACUAGUUGAAUCCAUAACUUGAACUCCAAAUAUGCAAACAUAAAGCACAGUGUGUUUUAAUUUCAGGAUUCAGAAAUCAUAGGGCUCUGAUCACUCAGCACUCUUUGAGUGUCCUCCUGAUCCUGACUCAUUCUGAAUAAAAUCAGCAGGGACAUCUGACCAUGAGAUGGGGGUUGGGGAAUUGCCCAAGUCCUCCAGAGCAGACUUGCGAUCUGCCUGACACAUCCGAUUCCUUCCCUCCAGUAUGCCUUGCUCUCCUGGAUUAAAAGGAAUUAGGGAUGGGGAAAUUUAAACUAUUCAGGUCUGGACUUGGUUUCCCUCUAGGACCAUAUGGUUCAUUAGCAAAUCUUAAAACUUACAGGCAUAAACGUGUUCUUGAGGGUUUGUGUAUGCAAUCCAGCUAGAAACUGAAUCUAUACUAAGUAUUAUCUUUUCUAUUCCAAGGACUAUCUUUUCCUCUUCCCCCAUCUCUGUUUAAGGAAGAAAAUGGGAGUUUGGGGAUGUGGUUUAGGUACUGAACUAGACUCUUAUGAUCUGUCACAUGCCUGGAUGUUGGGGGAAUUAUUUGGAGAAGCUCACAUGACUGGUCUUGGAUCAGGGAUUUUAAUAAUUGAAACAGAUAAUGUUCAUCAGGCAUCCCACCAUCUGAGAAUUUUAGCAACAAAGAAGUCACAUGUGAGUUUGUCAGCGUUUAAUGGCACUGAUUCAAGUAAAGUCAUUAAUAACUAGGAGUGAUAGGGGUUUUUUUUGUUACUUUCAGAACCAGUUUCUUCUGGACUUCCUAGGCAUAUCCUUCCUCAGCAGCAUCAUAUUAGGCUGGGAGAGCUACUGACAACUUUUAGCCAACAAGCUUAUAAACUACAAGUCAUUUUGGAGCCUUUGGCUUCCUACAUAUUCUUUUCUAGUCUUUUUUAUUUAUUCCCUCAUCCUUGCUGUGAGGGUCAGACACAAAUUUGAAAACUAAGGUUUCAAAGUUGGAGGGAUGGGUGAUAACAGGAAAAGGACAGGAGAAGAUGUAAUCCCCAAUAUAAUAAAUACUAUAUAGUAAAGAGGGAUGGGGAAACCGGGACUGUGUCUUAUUAACCAUCAAAGUGAAGGUAAGCCCCAAAUUGUGUAAUGUGUAUUGAAGCCUUUUUUUGUUUGCUCUCAAAGACAUUCACGUAAAACUAAAUACCUAGCAACUUUCCACCCUGGCGCGCACACACUACACGGACACAGAAACAUCGCAAAUCCACUGCCUCCUUCCCUCCCCAACCCUGCUCCUCUCAGCAUUUCUUUCCCCGCCUCCCUCCUCUAUUCAAAUUUUCCAGCCCACAGCUGAAACUGACUUCCGCAAUCCUGAUGGAAUAAAUCCAGCACCCCUAGUCAUCCGCCCACAUAUCUACACUCCCCAGCGAACGGAGCCCAGAGCAGAUUCCUAUCAGCAGGAUGUGGGGGCUCAAGUUUCUUCUGCUGCUGCCCAUGGCAAGCUUUGCUCUAUAUCCUGAGGAGAUACUGGACACCCAGUGGGAGCUAUGGAAAAAGACCUACGGCAAGCAGUACAACAGCAAGGUGGAUGAAAUCUCUCGGCGUUUAAUUUGGGAAAAAAACUUGAAGCAUAUUUCCAUCCAUAAUCUUGAGGCCUCUCUUGGUGUCCAUACAUAUGAACUGACCAUGAACCACUUGGGGGACAUGACCAGUGAAGAGGUGAUUCAGAAGAUGACUGGACUCAGAGUACCUCCCUCUCAUUCCCGCAGUAAUGAUAGCCUCUAUAUCCCAGACUGGGAAAGCAGAGCCCCAGACUCCAUUGAUUAUCGAAAGAAAGGAUAUGUUACUCCUGUCAAGAACCAGGGUCAGUGUGGUUCCUGUUGGGCUUUUAGCUCUGUGGGUGCCCUGGAGGGCCAACUCAAGAAGAAAACUGGCAAACUCUUAAAUCUGAGUCCCCAGAACCUGGUGGACUGUGUUUCUGAAAAUGAUGGCUGCGGAGGGGGCUACAUGACCAAUGCCUUCCAGUAUGUGCAGAAGAACCGAGGCAUUGACUCUGAAGAUGCUUACCCAUAUGUGGGACAGGAUGAAAGUUGUAUGUACAACCCAACAGGCAAGGCAGCUAAGUGCAGAGGGUACAGAGAGAUCCCUGAAGGGAAUGAGAAGGCCCUGAAGAGGGCAGUGGCCCGAGUGGGACCCAUCUCUGUGGCCAUUGAUGCAAGCCUGACCUCCUUCCAGUUUUACAGCAAAGGUGUGUACUACGAUGAAAACUGUAAUAGCGAUAACCUAAACCAUGCAGUGUUGGCAGUGGGAUAUGGCGUCCAGAAAGGAAACAAGCACUGGAUCAUUAAAAACAGCUGGGGAGAAAACUGGGGAAACAAAGGCUAUAUCCUCAUGGCUCGGAAUAAGAACAACGCUUGUGGCAUUGCCAACCUGGCCAGCUUCCCCAAGAUGUGACUUCAGCCAGCCAACCUCAUCCUGCUUUCCCGUUCCUUCCACGAUGGUGCGACAUCCUGAUGUACUUUGGAAGGGAGUUGGUGUGCAUUUCUUGAAGCAGAUGUAGCAAUAUAGAGAUUGUCCAUUCAGUUUCUCUGUUUGUGCUUCAAGGGACACCCCUACUACUCUCCUUCUCUCCAUCCAAGGCCUUUAUUUUUCACUGUGGCCACAGUAGGAAUUUCCCUAGAAAGAUUCUCAUUCAUAGUGUGUAAUUAGCUUUAACCACCUAGAAGACUAAGGUGACCUCACCUCUCAGUCUCCAAGUUCACUUCUUCUAUAUCCUGAAGAUAGAAAUUUCUGUUUUCCACCCAAUUCAUAGAUCUUUGGUACAAAUUUAUGUGAUACAAGAAAUGUGUUUUCUUUUUCCUUCUUUGCAUUUUUAAAGUAAGUCAAGUAUUUAUCUCUUAUCUCUAAUUUAAUAAAUACCUAUUUAGUAAACAUUCA